CGCGCGAGCAAUGACGUGGAUUUUCAUCCAUUGCAGUGAGAAAUCAGUUUUAACCCACUGCGCUCGGCUCUACUACUACACUGCAGUGAGACCGGACUGUUCUUUACCAUCUGUAAGAAGCUUGUGAGGAACAACACAGCAACAUGAGUAAAGGCAAAGUUGAGAACCUUAAAGACAAAAUAGAUGGCAAUGAGCUUGAUCUGAGUCUCAGUAACCUCACAGAUGUGCCAGUCAAGGAACUGGCUGCACUUCCAAAGGCAAUGGUUUUGGAUCUGUCCUGUAAUAACCUCACAACCCUGACUCCGGAAUUCUGCAGCUUGACUCAUCUUAUCAAAAUUGACCUGAGCAAGAACCAGCUAGUCUGCUUACCGGAAGAAAUCGGACAACUCUGUAAUCUCCAGCACCUGGAUUUAUACAACAACAAACUGAAAAUGCUUCCCAUUGGCUUCUCUCAGCUCAGGAGUCUGAAAUGGCUGGAUCUGAAGGAUAACCCCUUGGAGCCAACCCUGGCCAAAGUUGCAGGGGAUUGCUUGGACGAGAAGCAAUGCAAACAGUGUGCAUCCAGAGUUCUCCAGCACAUGAAGGUUCUGCAGGAGGAAGCCGACAAGGAGCGAGAACAUCGACUUUUAAAAGAGAGGGAACUAGAAAAGAAAAAAGAAGCCAAGCAGAGAGAAAAGGAGGCCAGAGAAAGGGAAGCACAGAAGAAGAAAAAAGCGGAAGAGAAAGAGAAGAAGAGACAAGAGUAUCAAGCACAGAUGGCUGCUCUUGCUGUACAGGAACAACAGAAAAAGAAGAAAGAAGAGAAGAAAAAGAAAGCAGCUCAAAAUCAAGCUAAAAAGACAAAAUCAGAGUCUGCACCCAAAGCCAAGCGGUCCUUGUGUUCCCUGUUCUUCUCACUCCUCCUAAAACUCCUGCUCCUAGUCAUUGUGGGAGUGUCAAGCUUCUUAGCAGUUUGUCAGUUGACUGAACUAAGGAAGGAGGCGUUCUGUGUUCCACUUAACGUGCACUUUGAGGAGACUGUGAGAUGGGCUCAGGGUCUGGAUGUCGUGCAGCAAAUCGUUAAAAAAAUGUCUGAUCUCAGAGCAUAAGUUUGUGUCCAAGAUGACAAAUCUGAUCAGGAUCCAUCCUGCCCAGGAUCUGAGCUGGCAGGCGACGCAUGGGGACCAAGUCACAGACCGGUCAGCAGAAAUUCCUAUGGAAUUGUUUUUCCUGUGUUGUGUCUUUUAAAAAAAAACAAAUACAAUAAUCCAUGUAAUAACUAUGGACCAGCCUGUGAAUGAAAGUCCUGCUUGUAUGUUUUUAAACUGCCAAAACAGGACAGGAAAAAAGGACUUAAACUGUUAAUGAGUAAUAACAUUUGUGACCUCUGGAGUCUUAUGUGACACUGUAUGACGUCAUUGAAAAAUAAAAUAUUUUCAC